GAAUUGACACCGAGAAAAGAAUGGAUCCAGCCUCCAAUGUGCAGAGCAUGUCAAACGAGCUGCUCAUGGCCGCAGGGCAAGGUGAUGUGGAGCAGAUAAAGCGCCUUCUCCAGCAGCACGAGGAAGAAGUCGUCCUCCACGUCAAGAAUGAGGCGGAGGAUGCUGUCGACGGACAAGCAGGACGCGCUGCUGCUGCUGCUGCCAUGGCAGUAGAUGCAGAUGCGGCCACUGCUACGGGAGACUCCAUCCUGCAUGUGGUCGCGGGCGGAGGCGAUGCACGUUUCUUGGAGUGUGCGACGAUGAUCGUCGGCAAGGCGAAGCACCUCCUCGGCACCCGCAACCGCAACCGCAACGGCGACACCCCGCUACACUGCGCCGCCCGGCUGGGGCAUGCUAGGAUGGUCACCCAUCUCUUGGGUCUUGCUCGACCCGGUGAUGGUGAUGAGACUGGGCUGAAGGAGAUCCUGAGGGCGCAGAACGGCAAGGGAGAGACGGUGCUGCACGAAGCGAUCCGCUUGGAAGACAAGGACAUGGUGGGCGUGCUACUGUCGGCGGACUCGCAGCUAGCGCGUGUUCCGCUGGCCGACGGCGCCUCGCCCUUAUACUUGGCCCUCUUGCUGGGUCUCGGGGACAUUGCAAGGCAGCUCUUUGAGGGAGACCAAGAGCUGUCUUACUCUGGACCAGACGGCCAAAAUGCCUUCCACGCAGCUAUUCUGGGGAGGCAGGCCAAAGAGGCAACUCAUCAGGUAAUGAAAAUGCUAUUGGAAAGGAACAAUCACCUUGUGACACAAGCGGACCGAUCCACAGGAAGCACGCCCCUUCACUUGGCCGCCACAUGGCGGGGACCGAUGGGAUUGCUACUCAAGGCUGGCCCAGCUGCAGCGUAUAUGCCAGACAAUAAUGGGUCAUUUCCCAUACAUUUAGCUGCGUUCGAGGGUGAUAAGAAUUCAGUUUCCGCCUUGCUAGAAGAGAGCGGCCCUUACUGCGCCAAGCUACGCGACGGCGAAGGCAGGACAUUCCUCCAUGUCGCGGCCGAGGAGGAGAGGAGCAUCCGCGUCAUCAAGUUGGCUUGCGGAUGGCAGGGCAAGUCGUUUGCGUCGUCGGUCAUGAACAUGCAAGACAAAGACGGGAACACUGCGCUGCACCUUGCUGUUCUGGCAGGGAAUAUAGGGGCAGUCUGUAAUCUGGUGUCAAUACCACAGGUCAAGCUAGAUGUAAGGAACAACAAGAGAAAAACACCACUAGAGAUUGCGUUCAUGACUGCAACCCUCAGGGCACACAGCGCAGGGUCGGCCUUCUACGGGGACCCACGGCAAAGGAUACGUAUCUUGUUGAAAGGUGCCCACAUGUCGACUGGUGUUUCCGCACGGAUAGCAUUCUCGGGGAUAGAACGGAGAGAAAUCAUCAAGUCUGCUUUAGAAGAAAUAAACAGAUCACAGAACAUCGCCACUGAAACGCAGAUCAUCGGUCUUGUCUCAGUGCUGAUCACGACGGUGACGUUCGCCGCAGCCUUUGCCGUGCCUGGUGGCUACCGAGCAGAUGACAACCACAAGGGCGGCACCCCGACGCUUUCGGGGCACUACUCCUUCGACUCGUUUGUCAUUGCCAACACAUUGGCAUUCAUCUGCUCCGUGCUGUCCAUCCUCUUUCUCAUGUAUGCAGGGGUGGGCCCCAACGUGAAAGACCGCAUGUGGCCCUUACUCAUGUCCGUAAACUUUCUGGCUAGUUCAGCUAGGAGCCUCGCCGCCGCCUUCGCUUUCGGGGUGUAUUCCAUCCUGGCUCCGGUCGAGCAAACCAAGGCCAUGUAUUCUAGCAUGACCAUGGUGCUUCCACUCGUGCUGGUCGAACUCUUUUUGUUCAUCGUUGCGGUGCAAAUGUUUUACAGCGACGGUAAAGCGGUGAUGGCGAGGAUGUUUGCAAGUCAGGCAAGUUGGUGGAGGCUGGCACAUGCAGGCCUAACACUCCUAAUGGGCCUAGUCGGGUUGUUUGUGAUAGGGCUGUACUGGCCAUACAUUCUCAUCGCGGCCAUGUCUCACUAAUCUAUAUAUUUCUGUAGAAUCUCAUUGAUCAUCCCAAGUUGGCAAACCACAUGUAUCUUUUAAUAUAGUGUGAAUACUACCUUAUGCCCCUAGCGUCAAAGGCAAUCAGUUAUGUUACUGCUGCCUUUUUCAGUAGUAUCUCAUUAAUCAUC